CAAAAUCGGAAUUAGGCGCCAAGACGUCGCGACCGAUAUCCUGCUUCUCCCAUUUCAUGUGCAUCCAGGAAAAGUCCUUUAAAUUCCACCGAAUCCUCGACGAAUUCAAUUGUAGAUACCGAAAUCGACGAUUUUUUACUUGCAUUAUUAAAAUCGUUAAAAUCGUCGCCAGUGCGACCUGAAGUUGUUGAGAAAAAGUGGGUGUUAAAAUCGAGAGUAAUUAUCAGGAGCAACAUGGCGUCUGUUUACAAAUACAGGAAACACUCGCUCGAAUCGGCUAUUUCAAUGUUGUUAUUAACGUUAACGUUAUUCGUAAUAGUACCCUUAACAACAUCACUCAGUACAAACGGAUCUCUUCAUAGAAUGCAACAAUCAGGAAAAGAAAACCUUACACAUAUAAGAGAAAAAAGGAGGCCGGUGGAUGCGAAAACUUCAUCAAUUUUACCCAAACGUCGCAUUCCCGUUGUGAAAGCUCAAACGAGGUCUAGAGCUAAAUUACAUUGCAACAUAUCCGAAAUUAACGAACCGGAAAAUCUGACGCUAACUUGGACAAAGAAAACCGACAAUAACGAAUACGUGAAUCUCACCAGUUUACAAUUGGAAGAAUUGACUAAUAACGAAACUAUAACAGUUAAAGAAGAUGAUAAACGUUAUUUAGCCAUACGAAAGGGCAGCGAUUGGUGUCUACAUAUAAGAUACACGUUGAAUUCGGAUGGAGGCUCUUACCAGUGCCAAAUAUGCCACGGGUUUCCUCCAACUAAAUGUUCCACAUCCAAUGUUGUCUUAAAAUUAAUUGAGGCCCACGCGAAGAUCAUCGGGGGCCCCACGAAGUUCAUACCGAGCGACAAGGAGCUGCCCCUCCGCUUGAGCUGCGUCCUGGUGAAUUCGAUCGAAGCGCCAUCGUACAUAUUUUGGUAUCACGAAGACAGAAUGAUAAACUACGACCUGGAGGACGGGGCGACCGUUCGCGAGGGGCCCCAAGGGAGCGAGUUGAUCUUUCCGAAACCGAACAAAACGCACGUGGGGAAUUAUUCGUGCGUGCCCUCCAACGCGCAGUUAGAUAGUGUCAUGGUGUAUUACGGAGGUAAAGAUAAGUUGAUCAAAGAAUGGAAAAAAUUGUGGGAAAUUGCUUGGAUGAUACAUCUGUUCGAUCCGGUGGAAAUGGCGUUGAAAAAACGCUACCAGGAGAUCAUGUCGUCAAUAUGCUGGUCUUGAUGUCGGCCUUUCACCUCUCAAAAUGACUUUACAGAAGGUAAACGUGACAACAAUGCAAAUGUCGGAUGUUUAGCUAAAGCAAACCGGCCUGGAUAUUACAAAAAAAAUUGUAAAGAAAAUGAAAUAUGUGAUAUAUACUGUAAAUAAAAUUACCUAAUCAGAUUUUGGUAUUAAUAAUCGAUUUACUUGAGAAAUAAUUUAACUUUUUUAAUCAUCUACAAUCUGUGUAAUCUUGUUAUGCAUUGAG